UGGCUCAGGUUGUUUGUCAUAAGUGGAGCGACGGUGUGUCCUUCUCUUUUCCCGGGAAUUAGUGAUUGUUCCUCCCUGCCAGAAAAAAAAAGUGCAGGAUGGCUCUACGCUGCCGGGGCGCCGUCCGCACUGUAUGCCCCCGGGUGAGCGGCGGGGCGAAAAGGGAGCGGGCGUGGGGUGGGGGUUCCCAUCCCUGAAAGUGCCCGAUAAUGCCAGCGCUUACCCGGCGUUUACUUCUAGCCAGGUAUUUGGAAGAUAUUUAUGCAGUCCAGUCAGAGCAAUAAGUUCCUUGCCAGAUAAAAAAAAGGAAUUUUUACAGAAUGGACCAGACCUUCAAGAUUUUCUAUCUGGUGAUCUUGCAGACAAGAGCACCUGGGAUGACUAUAAAGGAAACCUAAAACGCCAGAAAGGAGAAAGGUUAAGACUACCUCCAUGGCUAAAGACAGAGAUUCCCAUGGGGAAAAAUUACAAUAAACUGAAGAAUACAUUGCGGAAUUUAAAUCUCCAUACUGUGUGUGAGGAAGCUCGAUGUCCUAAUAUUGGAGAGUGCUGGGGAGGCGGAGAAUAUGCCACUGCUACAGCCACAAUCAUGUUGAUGGGUGAUACAUGUACAAGAGGUUGCAGAUUUUGUUCUGUUAAGACUGCAAGAAAUCCACCUCCACUGGAUGCCAAUGAGCCCUACAAUACCGCAAAGGCAAUUGCAGAAUGGGGUCUGGAUUAUGUUGUCCUGACGUCUGUGGAUCGAGAUGAUAUGCCUGAUGGAGGAGCUGAGCACUUUGCAAAGACCGUAUCUUACUUAAAGGAAAGGAAUCCAAAAAUUCUUGUGGAAUGUCUCACCCCUGAUUUCCGAGGAGAUCUUAAAGCAGUAGAAAAAGUUGCUGUGUCCGGAUUAGAUGUAUAUGCACAUAAUGUAGAAACUGUUCCGGAAUUACAGAGGAAAGUUCGUGAUCCCCGGGCUGGUUUCGACCAGUCUCUACGCGUACUGAAACAUGCCAAGGAGGUUCGACCUGAUGUUAUUUCUAAAACAUCCAUAAUGUUGGGUUUAGGUGAGAAUGAUGAGCAAGUAUAUGCAACGAUGAAAGCACUUCGUGAAGCAGAUGUGGACUGUUUGACUUUAGGACAAUAUAUGCAGCCAACAAAGCGCCACCUUAAGGUCGAAGAAUACAUUACUCCUGAAAAGUUCAAAUACUGGGAAAAAGUAGGAAAUGAACUUGGAUUUCAUUAUACUGCCAGUGGCCCUCUGGUGCGUUCUUCAUAUAAAGCAGGUGAAUUUUUCCUGAAAAAUCUAGUGGCUAAAAGAAAAACAAAAGCCCUCUAAUAUUCAACAAGACAUUCAAGAUCACAGGAAUUUUAAACAUUUGACUGCAGUUGGUAACAGAAGUGAUGGCAGAAUGCCUAGACUUCAGUGGGCAUAUCCCAGUCUUUUUGUUUUAAGAAAAAGGUCAAUAAGCUGUGCAUAUUUAAUUGUAGUAAUUUGUCUUUUAGCAUAUCGUCUUUGUCCCAAUAAAUAAUUGCUUGUUAUGUAUGAUAUAUUCAUAAAACUUCUUUGUAGGAGUUUACUGUUAACAGUAUAAUUUUAAAAACACAUUAAAAACUUCUAGAAAAUCUUUUAA